AUGAACACAAAAAAAGGCAACGGGAGGACUGUUGCUCUCUCCAAGCGAAAGGCUCAACCAAAUGCUCUCGAAAAGUUGGGUGAUAACCCAACAGAAGACGAGAUCAAAAUUGCAGAGGCCAACGUUGCACUCGCUGAACUUGAGGAGAGAGUUGCCGAUGUCAGAGAAUCGUGGGAGACAGACUCUCUGUUUGAAGAUGCUUUCGAUGAGUUGAACGCUGAUAAUACCGUGGCCGUUGAUGACCCCAAAGUGUGCACACCUGAAGAAGCUAGCAGACUUCGUCGGGAGCUCCGAGAAUAUGGUCCAACAGUCUUUUGCCAACGCACUGUUGAUGCUGGUCACUAUACCGCCAGAAAGCUCCUCAGCGCCUUUGGCAUUCGUCCUCCUCCCUUCCUGGAGGGUCAGCCUGAUGAUGCGUAUUUCAGUUUACUGUCGCUCGCUAUUACGCGUGAACUGUCUAAACGCGCCAAGCUUCUGCGUCACAACACGGUUGACGAUGCUGUCGACCUGAUCACUAAGAGCAGCAACAUCAUUCUCAUCACUGGUGCUGGUAUCUCUACAUCCCUGGGCAUUCCUGACUUCCGUUCCAAGGGAACUGGUCUGUAUUCCAAGUUGGAGCACCUUGGUCUUAGUGAUCCUCAAGAGGUUUUCGACAUUAGUGUCUUCCGCCAGGAUCCCACCAUUUUCUACUCGGUGGCCAAAGACAUUCUGCCGAGCACGGACCGGUAUACACCCACUCACAAGUUCAUUGCCAUGCUCCACGAGAAGGGCAAGCUCUUGACCAACUACUCUCAGAACAUCGACAACCUCGAAGUCAAAGCCGGUGUUCCCAAGGACAAGCUCAUCCAAUGCCACGGCUCCUUCGGAACCGCCACUUGUGUUCAGUGCGGUUACAAAUGCCCAGGAGAGGCCAUCUUUCCCGAGAUCAAGGCUGACAAGAUCCCUCGAUGCCCACGCUGCGUUCAGACUCUGCGCACUACUGGCGGUGCGCCUAAGCGUAAGCGGUCUGCGGGCACAGAGAAGAAGCGAAGACGGUGGAGUGCCGAUAGUUCCGACGAGUCUGAGUAUGACAUCCCCAGUGCUGGUGUCAUGAAGCCAGAUAUUACCUUCUUUGGCGAGGCUCUCCCCGAUGAGUUCUCUCGACGACUAACCGAGCACGAUCGUGACAAGGUUGAUCUCGUCAUCGUUAUCGGCACUUCUCUCAAGGUUACGCCUGUAUCUGAGAUCGUUUCUUGGCUCCCUGCCAAUAUUCCUCAGAUCUACGUAUCUCGCCAGGCCGUCAAUCACAUCAAUUUUGACAUCGAUCUCCUAGGCGACUGCGAUGUUGUUGUCUCUGAACUAUGUCGCCGUCUGGGCUGGCCAAUGGUGCAUGAGAUGGUUCCUAAGGAUCAAAAGGUUGAAGUCCGUACUGAGCCUGGCUUUAAGAGUCGCCACGUUUUUGAGGAGCAGAAGGCCAAGAAGUGA